UUUGGACGAUGCUGCUCCGGCGAUGGGCACCGGCCGCACGACGACACUACUACGCGUGGCACGACGUGCCGUACGCUGCUGAGCCCCACGCGCGACAGACGCUCGACAUCGUGGUGCCAAAAGAGCCGCCAUUUCCGAGAGCAUUGCUACCUGUGAUCUUCUUUGUCCAUGGUGGCGCGUGGCAGCGCGGCGACAAGGCCGGGCGGCUGAGCGCCGACCUGGCGCCGACCUUAGCCCAGAGCGUCGGUGCGCUUGUUGUCUCGAUCAACUACCGCCUCUCGCCCGAAGUGCGCUACCCCGCGCACGUGGAAGACGCCGAGUUGGCACGGCAAUGGCUCCACGACCACAUUGAAAAGUAUGGAGGCGACGCAAGCCGCGUUGUUUGGGUAGGCCAUAGCGCGGGCGCCCAUACGAUCAUGAAGAUGCUGCUUGCACCAACAGCGACAUCGGUGCUGCCACCGCCUCGCGGCGUCGUCGGCAUUGCAGGUGUGUACAACAUUGUCCGCAUGGCCAAUGCGUCCAUGUAUGGCGGACUGGUUGUCACGCCUGUCUUUGGUGAUAACGCCCAAGUGUGGCGGGAAGCCUCCGUGAUGCAGCCGACACUGCAGAGCGUCGACGCCAUGUGCCCGAUCUUGCUUUUGAACGCGAGCGACGACUUGCACCUUCAGGACGACAGUCGCGAGUUGCAGCAGUGGUUUGGCAACCACGGCCAUGAGCGUGUCACCCACCACGUAGUACCCGAGACGAACCACCUCUCGAUCUUGGGCGAUGUGAGCGGCAGCUCCAAGACGACAGCGCUCAUUGUCGACUUUAUCAAGAGCAUUGUACAGUUGUAAUCGAAGAAUCGUGGAUUGAUGCUUACA